AUGUGGCCAUCUAAGACAUGGAGAAGAGCUUUCCCUAAGUUUUGGGGUAAUUCAGGAAGUCUACGCUUCUUUACACCUACAAGAAUGUUCAACAAACAGAGAUUAGCAACUGCAAUGCUAUUUUCAAGCACUAUUGGGUAUCUAGGACUCAAGAAGUCCUGGUUGAGCUUUGGAAAUAACUUUGAAUGCCAAGGUACUCAAAUAGAAUACUCUCAUGAGAAUGUGACGAUUCUAGACCACUCUCUUAUUCCAUUUUUGCUAAGCAAAAUCAGAGACCCAGAUUGCACUCCUGCUGAUUUUCGAAGAUAUUCUGAUAGAAUCAUGCACUUGUUGAUUGAAGAAGCUAUUGCAGCUGAGCCUAUGAAGAUUUCGAGGAAAUAAAACACUAGCUGGUGGGGAAUUUGACCACUACUCCUUAACCAAAUCAGCAGAGGAUUACUGUGCAGUCACUAUCAUCAGAGCUGGAGAUAGUAUGCUAGCCAAGAUGUUUGAGCUGAUCCCAGGCAUUAAAGUAGGAAAGAUUCUUAUCCAAAGAGAUGAAAAUUCGAAAGAUAAGCAUCCUAUUUUCUAUUACUCUAAGCUGCCUCGUGGGAUAUCUAGCAAGAAAGUCUUUAUUCUAGACCCAAUGCUUGGCACAGGAGGAAGCUGCAAUCUUACUAUUAGAAAAUUGAAGGAAAGAGGUGUUAAAGAAGAGAAUAUAACCUUUGUUAACUUAAUCUCUUGUCCUGAAGGGCUAGCCGCUGUUACAGAUAGUCAUCCAGGUGUGAAAAUCAUCACUGCAGUUGUAGACCCUUGCAUGAAUGAUAACAUGUAUAUUGAGCCAGGACUUGGUGACUUUGGUGACAGGUUCUUCAAUUCAGAUUAACUCU